AUGCUUCCUUCUCUUCAGCCAAAGCAGCAGCACGGCAUGCAGACACCUGUAAACACUCCCGCGACCGACUCCAGCCCAGGCCGCCGCCGCCGCCUUUCCGGCCAACCCAAGCGCAAGACGGUCGUCGCUGUCGCUUGCCAACCCUGUCAGCGCAGGAAGCACAAGUGUGAUGGGGAGCGCCCCACCUGCACGCCAUGCCUGGCGAGGAAUCGAACCGACUGCGCCUACGAUGCCGAUGGAGACCAGCGGCGCACAUCUGCCCUGAAGAGCCGCAUUGAAACCCUGUCCAGGCAGGUCGAAGACCUUAAAGACAUCAUUACCGGAAUUGCUGUUGACCCAGAUCCCCAGCGGGCCUGUGCCACUGCACGCCAGCUCGCUGCCGAUGGCUUCCAGAACACGACACAAGUCGCCCAGGACCUUCGAACCCACCGACAUGGCGCCUUGGUCGACCCCGAAUCGAGCUCACGCCGCCAAACCACCGAGUGUGAUGUGUCGCCCACGCUCCAAGUCGGUCCUAAUGGUGCAGAGCCGCCGCUUUGUGUCUUGCCCGGCGGCGCCCCGCCACCCGGCGCUAGCUGGACCUCGGCCGCUCCGUGGUCGUACGAAAACUAUAAUAUGGACUUCAAUGUGCUCCAGGCUGAAUACGAAAGCAUUCCGAUAGAUCCCGUCAUUUCCUCUUCUGUCCCUUCGGCGACACGGUGCCAAGAUUCGCAGGGUUUUGGAAACAUGAUUGCAGAUCUGCAUACGUUGAAUGCUGCGUUCCCGGAUCAGCCUAGGUAUGAGCCUUAG